CGAUUAAUCUGGUCCGUGCAAAAGAACUGUAUUGCCGCUUUUCUGCUCUCUUCAGCUUGUGCUCGCACGGCUCUUGACACUCUCUCGGCCAUUUAUUCUUUGGUUCUUUAGCCAGUCUACCCCGUUUUUAAAAGAUUAUGCCCAUGCAGAUGAACCAGUUCAUUUCGACAUGAUUCUCUUUUACGAUAGCACUGCGUACUGUAUGCCUAUCCAAGGGGGUUCAUACCGACCAGCGAUCAUAUCCAUCUGCACCAUGCGGUCGUCCGUCUUCCCCUCUCUCGUCUAGAGCCACCACAUUCCAGCCAAAUUGAAAACCUGUAGCAAUAUGAAUCCACAAUUAAUGGUGAUGAGUUUAUUUUACAAGGAACAUUUUUAAUAUCCAACCACCAACACAACCAAUGCAACGCCAACACUGCUUGCGACGGCCCACAACGGUCCUAUCCUUGACUUUGUGCUUCUUCGCACUGCUCGUUACCACGCCUUGGGUGCAUUCCCGCAGCACCCCUUUUGCAACGGUCUCGAUUGCAUACGCCUCCACCGUCUUUGGUCCAAUGCAUGCUGGAUCCACGCCCGUAGUCGUUGAUGUCGGGCUUAAGGAGUACGACGACUUCAUGGGCGACGAUAUCAGAACUGGUGUUGUCAAGAACGAGAGAUCAAUUACGGGGCAAAGACAAAGGAACCGUCAAAUUCGACGGCAGGUCCAUGUCCCUGGGCAAGGCACGGGUGUAGGAGGAGAUUACAAUAAGCAUGAUCCUUAUGGCCGGUGAACAGAGGCUCGAGGGUUGAAGCUUGAAAUAAAUCGCUG